AUGGCGCAGGUCCAACAAGUGUCGGCGUCUCCACUAAACGGUCACUCUUCCUCAACGUCUUCAACAACUGAAAAGAAUGGAAUAAGUAUGAAUUCUGACGACUCCUCUCUCACUCAUCUCCAGAAUGGAGUUGCUUUAUUCCAUGGGACGCCUACAAAAGAGAUGAAUGGAGGACAUCACGGACAAUCGACGUCGUUGAUGGAGACAGCAGACGAUGGAUUACAGUUAUCUCCAAGUGAUUUAAGACGACGGAGCACAAGAGCAUCUGCUUUGAAGGCUCAGGAGAAGAUAAAAUUGAAGGAUGAUAUAGUACAAGGACCACAGAAAAGGUUGAAUGAAGAGAAUGAGGAAACCGAUGGAAUCGAUGGAGGGAAUCUGGAACAAGAUCCGCUGAAAAAAGUGAAAAAGAGGAGACUAGAAGAUGGGCGGGACUUGGAUCAGACGUGUUUUCGAUUCGGUCUCCGUGCGAAUGACGAUGGUGAGGUGUACGCGAUGACGGAUGAAAGUGAGAACUCGUCGAUACAUGAGAGUGAAAUGGAGAUUGUUAGAUAUCAUUAUGAGAAGAUGAAGAGUCGAGAGUUGGAUGAGGAACAGUUGAAAGAACGACUGAAAAUGAGAAGAGAGGCGGAGCAACAGUUGAGAGAGGAGGAGGCGAAGCUGCAGGUGUUGAAGAAGAUGAAGGAUAGUCAGAAUCGGGCGAUUAAUAAGCUCGCCGCCGAGACGAAGGCCGCCGAUUUGGCCGACGCCGCCGCUGCAGCCGCCGCAGCCUACAAACCAGUGUUAGCCGGUGGAAAACUAUCAGCAAACGGGAAGAGUCAAGCGGCGAUGACAGUGAACAAGACGAUGGCCGGAUUGGCGAAUCUUACUGUACAACAACAAUUGGAACUUCUUGGGAAACUUGCGAGUCAGUCACCGGCGGCAAAGCAGGCGUACGCUUUGGCAAAGAAGAAUCCAGCACAGACGACUCAAUUGUUUGCUCAAUUGAUUCAGUUGAAUACGUUACAAGUUCAGAAACAGAAGGAUGCGGCGGCGGCGGCGGCUCAGGAAGCUGCAGCGGCAGCGUCCUCUUCAUCGUCGGCUCACACGAUUCAACACGUCGCCCCGUCAAUCACUCAGCAACCAGUUCUCACCCAAUCGAAACUUCUGAAUCAGCAAACGCCCGCUCAGCGAAUACAGGCGGCACGAUUGGCGUUCCGUGCGCAGGCUGAUAAGCAGUUGAUGACUAUUCCGACGCAAAAGAGUCAACCACAUGACAUCACUUUUCUGCCGAAUCCGAAUGCUUCUGCUUUUUUGGCACUUCAUGGAUUGGAUUUGACGGUUCAGUAUGUGUUGAAGGAUAAGAGCGUUUUUGAAGCCUACUCGGAUCCAUCAUACGAAUGCGAAGAAUGUAAAACAGACCACGCCCACACGUGGAAAGCGAUAGGAAGCACACCGGAUGAUCUUCAUUUGUACUGCGAGAAUUGUGUUCGUUCCGCCCAAAAGAGAAAGAAUCGAACGGAUCAGACGAAUCUGUUGAAACGGGCGUUCCAAAAGAUAUCAGCUCAAGAGAAGGAAUUCGAGAAGAAGAUCGCCGAGGGACAGUUGGAACAGUUUGCUGAGGCGAAGGCCGCUGUUGCGACGGCUGCUCCUGUUACUCAACAAAUCCCCACAUCUUCCACGGCCACCGUCUCCUCCACUCCACUUCCACCAAGGUUACAACAGAUGCCGUCGUCUUCUGGUUCAAGCACACCGACUCAGCACAAGGCAUCGAUCCCCUCCACACCGAAAUCGUCGAAUUCCGCUAGUGCGAAGAAGGCGAUGUCGAGUCAACAGGCGGCGAAUCAGAUGAUGGCUCAAAUGAUGCAGAAUUCGAUGAAGAAUCCACAAAUGAUGCAGCAAUUGAUGUUCCAAAUGGCGACCGCAGCCGCUGCUCAGCAGCAAUUAGCGUCAGGAGGACGGAACGCGUCGGCGGCAGCGACCAAUCAAAUGGCAAUGCUCAUGGUUCAAGCACAGGCGAUGGCUCAAGCGCAAGCGGCUCAACAAGCUGCUCAACAGGCCGCUGUCCAACAGGCCGCUCAACAGGCACAGACUAAUAGAGCCAGGGAGGCGGCUCAGCAGCAGCAACAGCAAAUGCUUAUUGCUCUUCUCGCUAACCAAUCGGGAAUGAAUGCCCAAGCGCUUCAACAAAUCCGAAAUCUGACGCCGGCACAGCAGAAAUCACUCAUGGAAUCGAUUAGGAAUCAACAACAGAGGAGAUGA